UGAGAGCAAAGAAACCUAGCCGAGCUAAGCUAGCAAGCACAGAAGCCGAUCGAGCAAAUAUCGGUCGAUCGGCCAUGGCUAAUAAGAAGCAGCUUGCCGUCCUCGUCGCCUUGCUCGCGCUCCUCGUUGGGCCAUCGGCGGGCCUGCUCGGCAUCAGCAUCAGCAUCGGCACCGGCACCGACUGCGUCGUCUUCGUUGGUUGGCCGCGGCUUUUAUUCCUGCGCUCUCUCAUCUGCGGGCUCCUGGGCCAACCCUACACGCCUCCCAUCUGGAGGGACCCGCCCACAGGCGCAGGGCUCAGCGUCGGCUACUACAACAACUCUGACUACGCCGACUCCUACUGCCCCGGCGCGGAGGCGGCCGUGAGGACGGCCGUGCAGAGCGCCAUCGACCAGCAGGGCCGCGGCAUCGGCGCCGGCCUCAUCCGUCUCUUCUUCCACGACGCCUUCGUCCGGGGGUGCGACGCGUCCGUCCUCCUGCAGAGCACGGCCCUCGCCGGCACCGGCACGGAGAUGGAGGGGGGCCCCAACAAGGACAGCCUGCGCGGGUUCGAGGUGAUCGACGCCGCCAAGGAGGCCACCAAGGCCGCCUGCGGCAACAGGGUGUCGUGCGCCGACAUCCUCGCCUUCGCCGCGCGCGACGCGUCCGACAUCCUCAGCGGCGGCAGGAUCAGCUUCCCCGUGCCGGCGGGGCGCAAGGACGGCCGCGAGUCCUUCGCCAACGAGACCGUCCAGCUGCCCGGCCCGGACUCCUCCCUCCAGCAGCUCCAGACGAUGUUCGCCGCCCAGGGCCUCAGCACCGAGGACAUGGUCACGCUCUCCGGCGCGCACAGCAUCGGCCGCGCCCGCUGCCUCUUCUUCACCGGCCGGCUGGCGGCCAUGGACCGCGACUACGCCCAGCGGCUGGACGCGUCCUGCAACGGCACCGGGAGCCCCAGCAACAUGGUGAGCCAGGACCCCGUGACCGCCGACGUGCUGGACAACCAGUACUACAAGAACAUCGACAAAUUCGUGCUGUUCGGGUCGGACGCCGUGCUCAUCUCGUCCCCGGCGACCAAACAGCAGGUGGACGUUAACAAGGCCAAUGCGACCAGUUGGGAGAUCGACUUCGCGGCGGCGAUGGUGAAGAUGGGCAAGAUCGGGGUCAAGACCGCCCUCGUCCCCGGCGAAACCGAAAUCAGGGAGGUAUGCUCGAGAGUCAACGCUUAG